CCGGCCACUGCGCCCCAUAGACGAGACUUUCAUUUCCCUCCACCAAUGAGGAAGGGGAUUCCAGAUGAUGUCAUCGGUGAGCGGCUCCUGGGAGCCUGACUGGAGGGACGGGGAUAAUGGGGGCGGAGCCAUGCUUUCGCUGGUAUACAUCUGUGCACAGAAGGUGGUGAGUGACCACGCCUCCCUCCGCCGGGCGCUGGGCUCCAUCCCUCGCGAGCUCUACCCGCCGCUCUUCACUGCCGCCUUCCUGGGGGGGAAGACCCUGGUGCUGCAGGACCUGGUGCAGCGAUGGCCCUUCCCCAUCCUCCGCUUCCAGGAGCUUCUAGGAGUCCGCCCCGGCCAGAUCCACCUCCAUUUCACCUGGGAGUCCACGCAGACCGUCAUACUGGGCAUCGUGGCUUACCUGGGCGACGCAAUCAGCCGAGACAACUGGGGGAGUAAGGAAAGGGGGCGGCGGCUGCGUCUCCUGGACAUGACGGGCACCCACAAUUCCAUCCUGGAACAAAGCCCCGGCACGAAGAGCACGUUGUCCCGCACGGUGACCCUGGCCAAGGCGUGUAUUGAGCUCUCCAGGAGACGCCGCAGCGAAGCCACGCAAGCGGCAAAGAGGAGGCGGGGACACGGAAAUUCUGCACUGGUCCCGCCCAAUCCCCUGGACUCUGUCUAUGUGGAAGUGCGGGUGGACCUCUUUGUAAACAGCACGUCCUACUCCGUCCUGCGGGAGGCGCUCCAGGCGAGCGUCCACGGCCCGAUGCGCCUGCGGUGCCGCGACCUGCGGGCCAAGGAGCUGUCCCUGCAGAGGACAGUGGCGCUGCUGGAGCUCCUGGAACCGGCGGGGGUGCGCCAGAUCGACCUCAGCUUCAACAACCUCGGCCUGGAGGGCCUCAACGCCCUCCUGCCCGCCAUGGCGAAAUUCAGCUCCCUGCGCAGCCUCAAGCUGCCGUACAGCAACGUGGACGUCCGCCGCCUGACCCCCGACAUGGAGGACGCCUUGAGGAAAUUCGCCGCGCUGGUCGGACAGCUGAAAUCCCUGAAGGAGCUGAACCUCGGAUCGUCCCGCCUGUCCGGGCGGCUGCGGCAGGUGUUGGGGGGCAUCCAAGAGCCGCUGGAGAGUCUGGAAUUGGCGUUCUGUUUCCUCCUCCCGCCGGAUUUGUAUUUUUUGACUCAGAGUCUCCACGCCCCCGCCCUGAAGAAGGUGGACCUGAGCGGGACCAACCUCUCGGAGCUCCUCCUCCCCCCCUUGCAGCAGCUGCUGGCCGCCGCCUCCUCCUCCCUCCUCCACCUGGACGUCAUGGAGUGCCGUCUCACUGACUCCGCCCUGUCGGCGCUGGCGCCCGCCCUCUGGCGCUGCUCCCGCCUGCGGUACCUGGGACUCUUCAGUAACCCCUUAUCCUCCCAGGGACUGAGGACUCUCCUUCAGAACUGCCUGAGGCUCCGGGAGCUCCGAUUGGUGGUCUACCCGUACCCCGUGGACUGUUGCGGCGAGGGCCCGGAUUGGGGGGAUUUUUACGGAGCGCCGACAGACGGAUUCAUUGACCAACAGAAGCUGGCGCGGUUCUCGGCAGAGCUGCAGGAGACGCUGGCGAGGGUGGAGCGGACGGACGUUGUGUGGACGACGGAUUUGUGUCUUCACCGGAACCUGGACUACCUCAACCUCUAGUGCCGGCAGUCGCCGAAAUACGGACUUGGGGGCCCAAUCCUCUGGAUAUGGACGCAGAAGUGGAAGGGCCAUUUUUUUUUUUGGUUAUGGGUGCAGAAGUGGAACGGACA